AUGGCGGGCAGGGCGCUGCAGAUGGUCCCGUCGCUCAUGGUGGCCGCGGCCAGGCCCGGGGUGCCGGCGCCCGAGUCCGCCCGACCGUUCCUGCCCCGGGAGUCUAGGUCGCGGGGCCGCCCAUUCCCGGGGGCCCGAGCAGACUCUCGGAGAGAACCGGUCAGCUCUGCGGCGCUCCGAGGAGGAGCUUCCUCCCGCCGCCCGAGCGCGGCCCGCCGAGCUCCUCCCUCCCCAGACGCGGGCUCCGGCGGGAGCGGGGCCGGCCGAACUCCUCCCUUCCCAGAUUUCUCCGGCUACGUCAGCGGCGGACUCCGGCGGAAGCGCGGCCAGGCGGAGCUCCUCCCUGCCCAGACUUCUCCGGCGCCGGCGACCGCAGCGGCGAACUCCGGCGGGAGCCGAGCCGGCCGUGCCCGCGGCCUGAGGCCGGGAUCCACCCCGCGUCGUGCCGCCCACGCGGAGGCUUGGGGCGCCCGGGCCGUGGGAAACGCAGCCAGGCGCCGCGCCUUUUGUCUUCUCUCCGCCCCCCAAUCCCAACCUCCUAGUUUGGAAAAGUUUUCCUUCUGGGAAAGCCCCUCUUUCCCGCCUGUUGGCAGGUUCAGAUUGGCCAGCCCAGGAGAUUCCCCUCUGGGCCCCAGUCUCUCGGGAUUCUCCAAACCUCCAGGAAUGUGUUCAGAGAGAUUGAAAAAUAACCUUGAGAGAUUCCAUCCCUCUGACUCCAGAGACUAUGGCUCCCUACUGCCUAGGCUGUACUCAAACUCUGGACCUCAAACUGUUUUCUUGCUUCAACCACCUAAAGGAUUAGGAUUAGAGACUCACAGAAGUUGGAUGAAUCCACUUUACUUCAUCGACAUUCACCUAGAUUAGAAAAUUCCAUAUGGUAUCUGAUAGGUAACAGGGAUUAUGGCUGUGCUCAUCUUUGAUCUGAAUCUAUUAAUGCAAUGGAAGACAGCAUUCAUUUUUUUAAAAGCAGUCUUGUUAAACUAUUAGGUAGAACCUAUCCCUAAAAACUGGGUGUUUCAUUUGUUAAUUUAUUUUUUCCUUCUUUUUAAAUAUGAAUUGCAUUUAAACCAGGCUUUUUUCUCCUGUACUUAUCCAAUUAAUACUCUUAGACUCAAUAUUAUGGGUUGAAUUGUGUCUCCCAAAAUGACAUUGAUGUUCUAACCCCCAGUACCCUAUGGUUGUGACUGGCCGUAUUUUGAAAUACGGCCUUCACAGCUGAUAAAGUUAAGAUAAGGUCAUUAGGAUGGGCCCUAAUCCUGACCAGACUGUCUUUAAAAGAAGGGGAAAUUUGGAUAUGACGACAGGUAUCCAUAGAAGGACAAUGUUGUGAAAACACAGAAUACCAAGGAAUAGCAAGGCUCCCAGAAGCUAGGAGAGAAGACUGGAACAGAUUCUCCCUCAUAACUAUUAGAAGGAGCCACCCUGCUGGCACUUUGAUGCUGGCUUCCAGCCUCUAAAACUGUGAGACAAUAAA